GUGAGACAGACGGAACCCGAGCAGAGCAGAGCCGCAGAGAGCGAGACGGCCUGAAACAUGACCACCAACAUCCGAUAUAAGAGCAGAAUGAUGAAAUCCGAGGACAGUGAGGACAAACAGUAUGUUGGCUUUGCUACGCUUCCUAAUCAAGUCCACAGGAAGUCGGUGAAGAAGGGCUUUGACUUCACUCUGAUGGUGGCAGGUGAAUCUGGAUUGGGAAAGUCUACUCUAGUUAACAGUCUCUUCCUCACAGAUCUUUAUAAAGACAGAAAAUUGCUAAAUGCAGAAGAGCGUAUUAAUCAGACGGUUGAGAUCACCAAACACACGGUUGACAUCGAGGAGAAAGGAGUCAAACUCAAACUCACCAUUGUGGACACGCCGGGGUUUGGAGACGCGGUCAAUAACAAUGAAUGUUGGAGGCCCAUCACAGACUACACUGACCAGCAGUUUGAACAGUACUUCAGAGACGAGAGUGGACUGAACAGAAAGAACAUAUUAGACAACAGAGUGCACUGCUGUCUGUACUUCAUUCCGCCGUUUGGACACGGUUUGCGGCCGGUGGACGUGGAGUUCAUGAAGGCUCUGCAUGAGAAAGUGAACAUCAUUCCUCUGAUCUCGAAAGCGGACUGUCUCACUCCUAGUGAGGUCAAAAAGCUCAAGGACAGGGUGCGAGACGAGAUCGAGCACUUCGGGAUUAAAGUGUAUCAGUUUCCUGAGUGUGACUCUGAUGAAGAGGAGGAGUUCAAACAGAUGGACAAAGAGCUGAAGGAGUGCACUCCGUUCGCUGUCAUCGGCAGUAAUACAGUGGUGGAGGCCAGAGGUCAGAGGGUCAGAGGUCGUCUUUACCCCUGGGGCAUCGUGGAAGUGGAGAAUCAGUCUCACUGUGACUUUGUGAAACUGAGGAACAUGCUGAUUCGCUCUCACAUGCACGACCUGAAAGACGUGACGUGCGACGUGCACUACGAAAACUACCGAGCCCACUGCAUCCAGGAGAUGACCAGUAAACUUGCGCAGGAUAACCGUACGGGCAGUCCACUACCCAUCCUGCCUCUGCCCACACCAGACGUGGAGACAGAGAAACUCAUCAAGAUGAAGGACGAAGAGCUGAAGAGAAUGCAGGAGAUGCUGGAAAAGAUGCAACAACAGAUGCAUGAGAAAGACCAGUGAUGCUGACACACACACACACACACACACUACAGCCCUCACAACAGCCCUCAGAUGUGAAUGCAUUUAAAUGAUACUUUACAAAUGUCAUAUCUACAGUUCUGACCCUCAGAUCCGCUCUGUUCAUCUGCUCGGUGCUUCUGUCUGCCUGCAUCAAAUACAGUGCCGCUGUCAUGUGAUUCAUCAUGAACGUACAUAAACCAGUCUAACUUAAAGGGUUAGUUCACCCAAAAAUGAAAAUUAGCCCAUAAAUUAC